GAUUCCACCAUCCACCCAACUUUUUCUUCUUGCAUCCACAUUACACACACCACCCUUUCUUAGAUCUGCAAAUUCCUCCCCUCACUAGUCACUCACAAGGGCAGACCACAGCCAUGGAUGCCCUCUUCGCCCAAUUCACCUUCCUCUCCGACCAAUCCCUCCACGACAAGAGCUUCGACCCGGCCACGAUCGAGGACCUCAUGAGGCUCUUCGAGCUCGAGGCCUACAAUUCGUGGGCGGCCGCGGAGCUCAGUCACCUAGCCGAGGCCGAGGCAGCCGAGGCCGAGCUGGACCGGGCCGAGGCCUACCUCGGCUCGGUCAUGGAGGACGCGAUGGAGGAGUUCCGGCGGUUCGAGGAGGAGAUGGACCGGAUGGCGAAGGAGGAGAUGGAGGGCUUGGUGGAGACGGCAGAGAAGGCCAGGAGGAUGGGGAGCUUGAUGGAGAAGGCUGCGACCGUGGCAUCGAAGAAGUACAUCGAGGCUGCGGUCAACUCGGCCACUGCUUCCAUGAAGAAUGCUUGGAAGGGGCUUUCAUCUCACAAGGUUCAUCCUUCUUGAGAAAAAGAGAGCGAGUGAGAGAUUGAUCUUGUUGUGCUGUGUCUGUGGUGGUGGAUGAUUCAAUUGUCCAUGGUGGGUCUACCGCUUCUUGUGUCAAUUGUACUUUUGCUAGGCCUUAAGGCCAAUUUGAAAUAAUGUAUGAUCAAUUGCUGGUA